UAUGACAAUGUCUAUUGUUAAAAGGGCUAUAAAAAUAAAACUGCAAUUUUGAAUCGAAAUGCGCGUCUUUAAUCUAUGACUCUCAAAGGAAAAGUUGUUUCCGCCCGGUUUCGAACCGGGGACCUUUCGCGUGUGAGGCGAACGUGAUAACCACUACACUACGGAAACUUAUAUGCAGAGUGGUUUGGACGUCCAAGUACAAAGCAUUGACUAACUGUGAAAAUAGUUCCGCUUAAUUUUCUUUAAUUUUUCCAUUUCAUUUUCAAUGGUAGUGCUUAUCACUAUGGAUGCAAUAUAUUUUUGGCCACAUGUUGAUUCCAUGACGUUGAUCCAAGGCUUGUUUUUUUUGUUGUUUUUGUUUUUGUUGUUUUUGUUUUUGUUGUUUUUGUUUUUGUUGAAGAUCUACAUUUUGAAUUGCCUCCGCUGACGAUCAACCAGUUAAUACUUUAUCGGCUUUAUUUUUUCGGCGUGCAUCUCUUUGUUUAUUCCCUUUUUUCCCCAGACGUCGGAUUAACAUUCGUCAUUUUACCUGAGAAAAAAAGCGCAAUUAGGCGGCAAGUAAAGUGAACUGUACACUUACAUUUACAUUUACAUUUAUUCUUUUAGCAGACGCUUUUAUCCAAAGCAACUUACAAAUCACAAAAUUACUUAUUUACUCAAAAGAAACAUCGGUAUAUUAGAAUAUCAUUUGAAUUGUUUGUAACUAUAUACAGUAUCUCACAAAAGUGAGUAUACCCCUCACAUUUUUGUAAAUAUUUGAUUUUACCUUUUCAUGUGACAACACUGAAGAAAUGACACUUUGCUACAAUGUAAAGUAGUGAGUGUACAACUUGUAUAACAGUGUAAAUUUGCUGUAACCUCAAAAUAACUCAACACACAGCCGUUAAUAUCUAAAUUGCUGGCAACAAAAGUGAGUACACCCCUAAGUGAAAAUGUCCUAAGUGCUCCCUCCAGCAAAAAAUCUGGAUGAAAACAGAGAUGGAAGCCAUGGGACUCUGGCCAGGAUCACAACUGGUGAGACACCUUAUGAACAUGGUUUCCUUGUGGCGUUAUCUUCCUCAACCUGAGCUUAUAGAAACCAACACAGGCCUGCUAUCACCAAAAUACUUCCAGCUCCAUCCAUUCUUCAUCUGGAAACCAGCUCUAUCCAUUCUUCAUCUGGAAACCGGAGCACAGUAUAAUGGAAAGGCUCAGAAACAAUUACAUCCUGCCUUGUCUUUACAGCUGUCCACAUCCUCAGGUUGUUUCCUCUGGUGUGGGAAGACCUAGAGUGAUUCUUGGUACCAGCGGACAAUAUUAUAUCCUUUCCUCUCGUCUGUGCUGUAAAGCAUGCAAAAAAAUCCUGGUUCCCUGAUAAACCCUAGUGGCUAGACAUGCUACCAAAGCGUUUUACGAACAUCUUGCCAGCCUUACUCACCCAUAAGAAGGCAAUCUGUAAAACAGUGAUGGAUGAACUGCGGCACUCUGAAAAAUCACCAAAUGAUAUGGCCAACCAGCUGUCUGAGGUGCUUCACCUGAAGUAUGAAAGAGCCCACCUAGCUUACCUGCUCAGUGUGCAGAACAUCAGGGAUGCUGAAGCAGGGCUGUAUGGACAGAGGACCAUCACUGGGGCACUGAGGAAGGAUGACACACCAGCACCGUUUGAGGGUUAUGAGGACACUGAUGGGUGGUAUGGGGUGUCUGUGACUGCACACUAUCUGGUGGAGUGCCUUCUUCAAGAAUAUCAGCGGCAGGAGGCAGCUCUCACUCAGGUCCUACAAGGCACUUUUGGACAAGUGUUCAGGUCAGAUCACACACGCAAAGUUGCUAGAAAAGUGACUCUCUCAUCUGGCAUAAUGUCAUCCUAUGCUGUGAUGAAUGAGAACUGGAUGAUCCUGUUCUGGAUGAUGCUGCAAUCUGAAAGUGAGUGGUCCUUAGAGGCAAUGUACUGUGGGCUGGCCAAUCGCUACAGUGCUGCUGGUAUCCCCAAGACCAGGUACCAGUGGGUGGACAGGGAUUGCUGUGCCGCUUUCAGAGUCAUGGACCCAUCACCUUAUGAGCACCUGAAAUGGGAUGCCUGGAGGACCACUGAAGCUAUCCUGGCACAGGUUACUUCAGAGAACCUCAAGAAUUUAUGUGCCGCUUGCCUGAAGUACAAUGAGAACAUCAUUGUUAAAUUGGACUUAUUUCAUUGUAUGCGGCGGUUCACCAGGGAGUGUGUGUCGGAGCACCAUCCUCUGUAUACCUCCUUCUGCAAGUUCCUCUCUGCUGCCUUGUCUGUAGUGGAUCAGAGCAACCUGGAGAAACUGAAAAAAGCAUACAUAUUCUGUGGUAUUGAUCCUGCUAAUCCCACCAUGUCCAGAAAAGUUCCUGGAGACACAACAGUUAUGGCAGUGUCUUAACUCAGGCAGUGAAACCACCAGUGUCCCAGUGACAAUGCUGCCACCUGCUCAGUUCAGUCCACCUCGAAAGAGUGUUCCUGAAGAUGUCCCUCUGACACAGGCAGCAGUUGAGAAGAUGGUUAAAGACAUCCUAGAGAAGCAGCAGGCAGCCCUGCAACAACAACAGCAGCAGA